AUGACACGGAGACGACAAUGUUUUGCUGCAUCUCCGUCGUGCUUUUUUGCUACGACUAACGCUUUGUUUUGCUACAUCCAUGAACGGCGCAUCGAUGUGCUGCAGGCACGGGAGCUCUUUUUUUGUGAACGAGUGAAAAUGGAAGGGAACACUAGAGGAGGCGGGCAUUCUGAAGCGUUAAAGAACUACAAUGUGGGCAGAACAUUAGGUAUCGGCACAUUUGGAAAAGUGAGGAUUGCAGAGCAUAAGCAUACAGGGCACAAAGUUGCUAUAAAGAUUCUGAACCGUCGUCAAAUGAGAACUAUGGAAAUGGAAGAGAAAGCGAAGAGAGAGAUCAAGAUAUUGAGGUUGUUCAUUCACCCUCAUAUCAUCCGGCUUUAUGAGGUCAUUUACACACCUACAGAUAUAUUUGUUGUGAUGGAAUAUUGCAAGUAUGGUGAGCUAUUCGACUGCAUUGUUGAGAAAGGGCGGUUACAGGAAGAUGAGGCUCGUCGAAUCUUCCAGCAGAUUAUAUCUGGUGUUGAAUACUGCCACAGAAACAUGGUUGCUCAUCGUGAUCUAAAGCCAGAAAACCUGUUACUUGAUUCCAAAUAUAAUGUGAAACUUGCCGACUUUGGGUUAAGUAAUGUCAUGCAUGAUGGCCAUUUUCUGAAGACUAGCUGCGGGAGUCCAAACUAUGCUGCACCAGAGGUUAUCUCAGGUAAAUUAUACGCUGGACCUGAGGUUGAUGUUUGGAGCUGUGGGGUGAUACUUUAUGCUCUUCUUUGUGGCACUCUUCCAUUUGAUGAUGACAAUAUUCCCAAACUGUUCAAAAAGAUAAAGGGAGGCAUCUAUAUCCUUCCAAGUCAUUUAUCUGCUCUUGCAAGGGAUUUGAUCCCAAGAAUGCUUGUUGUUGAUCCUAUGAAGAGAAUCACAAUUCGUGAAAUUCGAGAACACCCAUGGUUUCAGAAUCGCCUUCCUCGCUACCUGGCAGUGCCUCCACCAGACACAGCGCAGCAAGCCAAAAUGAUUGAUGAAGAUACACUUAAAGAGAUUGUCAACCUGGGAUAUGAUAAAGACCAUGUGUGUGAAUCAUUGUGCAAUAGGCUGCAAAAUGAGGCAACUGUUGCAUAUUACUUACUCUUGGACAAUCGGUUCCGGGCCACUAGUGGCUAUUUGGGGGCUGACUAUCUACAAUCAAUGGGUAGGAGUUUUAAUCAGUUUACUUCAUCGGAAUCAGCAAGCCCAAGUACCAGGCAGUAUCUUCCAGCAAGCAAUGAUUCUCAAGGCAGUGGCUUGCGGCCAUAUUAUCCCGUUGAAAGAAAAUGGGCUCUUGGGCUCCAGUCUCGAGCUCAACCUCGUGAGAUAAUGAUCGAGGUUCUAAAGGCACUUCAAGAAUUAAAUGUCUGCUGGAAGAAGAAUGGACACUACAACAUGAAAUGCAGGUGGUGCCCUGGGUUCCCUCAGGUCAGUGAUAUGUUAGAUGCCAACCACAGCUUUGUUGAUGACUCUACCAUCAUGGAUAACGGCGAUGCUAAUGGGAGGCUACCUGCCGUGAUCAAGUUUGAAAUCCAGCUUUACAAGACCAAGGAUGACAAGUACCUGCUAGAUAUGCAGAGAGUUACUGGACCUCAGCUCCUCUUCCUGGAUUUUUGCGCGGCCUUCCUUACCAACCUUAGGGUUCUAUAG